UUAAUGUUUUGGUCCUCAGAUUUAAGCACAGACCUUUGGUCUCUGCCUCUUCACUUGCAGUCGUGCACCAAAGAAGAAGAGGGACUUUUGGUAACCGCCUGGCAUCUUCACCCAGGGUCAGCUGACACUGAAAGGGAUGCUCAGAUUGGCUACUUGACUCAUACAGGAGUCGCUCUAAUGCCAGUAGAGUGAACCAUUUCUUUUCCAUUUGGAUUCUGCUCUACACCAAGGGAAACAGCAGGCUUCCAGCUGUCAUUGCUGGCUAUACCAGCCAUGGGUGCCGUGCUCUUACCUGGAACAGAUUGACACAUACGAUGGGCACACCCCUCUGUCCUGCCCAGCUGGACCCCAGUGUGAGACUGCUCCUGGCCUCCUUUCUGAAAACCAAGAUUCACAUCAUCAGAGAGGAUCUUCAUGCAUCAGAGAAUUUGAUUGACAACGCUGCAGACAUGAACAGGAACCUGCCAGAGCGUGGACGACAGACCCACCAGGUGUUGCAGAGCACCCCACUGGAUCUGAUCGAGACAGGGAAGGGGCUGAAGGUCCAAGCAGAGCGCCCCCAUCUGGUCAGCCUGGGAAGUGGCCGUCUCAGCACAGCCAUCACCCUGCUACCCCUCCCUGAAGGAAGGACCACUCUGGGCCAUGGCAACACUGACAUUAGCAUGCAGGGCCCCGGCGUCGUGGCUCAGCACUGCUACAUUGAGAACCGGGGCGGGGUCAUCAGCCUUCACCCCUGUGGGCACCUCUGCUCCAUCGACGGUGUCCCUGUCACCAAACCGGUCCGGCUGUCACAAGGGUGCAUGCUCUGCUUUGGCCAGUCUACCUUUUUUCGCUUCAACCACCCCGAAGAGGCUCUCAGGAUGAAAAGCAUGAUGGCAGGAGGCGACCAGGGUACCAGCGGCAAACACAGGCUCCAUACAGACUCAGAUAGCCUGGUCAAUGGGAACCACCAGACAGGGCUGGCAGAGACACACCCAGCUCCCUACAGCAGAGCCCCCCGCCCUGAGCACAGCGCCCUGGUCAGCUCCAUAGAGAAGGACCUGCAGGACAUCAUGGACUCCCUGGUGAUGGACGACUCCCAGCCCUCAUCCUCCUUAGAAUCUAGGAAACCCACGGGACACCCCGUCUCUCAAUCCCCGGGCUCCCCCGUGGUGAACGGAGGCGGUGGGUACCUGCUGACCCCGCCCACUAGCCCGGGGGCCAUGUCCGUCGGCUCCAGCUAUGAGAACGCCUCCCCGCCCUUCUCCCCUCUGUCGUCCCCGUCGGCGGCCAGCAGUGGCAGCUACACCAGCCCCUCUCCCGCCAGCUGCCCGGACCAGGGCCUAUCGCUGCCCCCGGUGCCCACCCGAUCCUCCAGCUACAACCACGCCACCCAGCCGCCCGCGGCCCAGCCACGGACUGCGCUGCCCAGCUACGCGACCGGCAACGGCGGACAGAAAGUUCCAGAAAGCCCCCGAGUUCAGAGGAAGGGGCUCCUGGAAACACCCCCGAGCCCCGCCCAGGGUUGUCGGGGAACCGGUCAGGACGGAGCUGGGGGGAGGGGCUCGGACAGUCCCAGGCCUCCCCAGGGGGUGCCGUUGGUCUCAGUUUCUGUUCCCGCAGGGGACACGGCGUCCUCUCGGAGCCCCAGGCAUACCCCCAAAUUUCCUACCACGUCCUCUUCCCCGUUGCACUCCAGUCCCAGAGUGAAAGCGGGCCUCCAGGAUCGCCCGUCCAGCCCCUUCCGAGACCCUGGCCCCGUCGACCGCUCCCUGGCCUCCAGCCCCUCCAGACAGCUCUCCCAGACCCCCCGAGCCUUCCAGCCCCCCCUGGACCCCAUCGUCCACAUCGUCCAGGGCGGGGGUCUCCCCCAGCAGCCCCCGCGCUCGCUGCAGCCCCCGGAGAGCCCCCGCCUGGCCCGCAGGAGCCAGGAGGGGGGCAGCAGCAUGCGGGAGCUGCCCCCCCUCAGCCCUUCCAUGUCCCGCAGGGGCGUGCCCGUGCUCCCGGGCGCCCUCCCCGGGACCCCGCCCCCCGCCUCGCGGGCAGCGGACAGACCCCCGGGCAAACCGGUCCCCGAGAGCCCGCGGCUCCGGCGCAGGGCCGGCUCCCCGCUGGACGAGCCGUUCGGGGCCAGGGGGGUUCGAGCCCGCAGCCCCUCCCCCACCUCGGGGCUGCUGGCGGACGGCGGGGGCGGGCGAAAGGCCGGCUACGGGAACGCCCUCUCCCCCGCCUACAGCCUGGGCUCCCUGUCCAGCUCCUCCCCCCUCGCCAGCCCCCGGGGCCACAGGAAGUUGCCGGGAGGCUCCGGGGAGCCCAGACACCCCCACCCCGGCAUGCGGGAGCGCAAGAACAGCAUCACGGAGAUCAGCGACAACGAGGACGAGCUGCUGGAGUAUCACCGGCGGCAACGCGAGGAGCGGCUAAGGGAGCAGGAGAUGGAGAGACUGGAGCGACAGAGACUGGAGACCAUCCUGAGUCUGUGUGCGGAGUACAACAAGGGGGACAUGCCCGGUGGGGGAGAGGCUGGCCGCCUGGGCUUCCCCGGGACGGGCCGUGGGGAGGGCGGCGGCCGGAGGCCAGCUGCAGAGACGGCGGGGGCUGGCGUGUCCCUCCGUGGGCCCCAGAGGCAGAGGGAGAGCGAUGAGGAGAACCUUAAGGAGGAGUGCAGCAGCACAGAGAGCACGCAUCAGGAGCACGAGGACUCAGCUGGCCCUGUCGCCGGGCAACAGGAGCUGGGCUACCUGGAGGAGGAGAGGGUCAGAAUCCUGGCCCGUGUCGAUGAACUGAAAACCCGUGUCACAGAGCUGGAACAGCAGAUACAGGAGUCACGGCAGGAGGCUGAGAUGGAGCGGGCACUGCUGCAGGGAGAGAGGCAGGCCGAGCUGGAGCAGAUGGAGGCAGAGAUGGAAAUCAUCGCACAGCUGCAGGACAAGCUCAGAGAGCUGGAGAGCGCCAUCCAGAGGAAGAAAGACAAGGAGAGAGCAAAGGUGGUGGGCGAGCGGGAGGCCCUGGCACGGCUCCUGGACGGGUCCAAUGAGUUGAGGAGCCAGCUGCACAACUGCCCCGAAUCCCUGAGGGAGCAGUUACAGGAACAGCUCAAAAGGGAGGUGGAGGCCCUGGAGUCUGCCACUAAGCGCUUUGAGGACCUGGAGUUCCAGCAGCUGGAGAAAGAGAGCAGUCUGGAGGAGGAGAGGGAGACCAUGAGCCAGCAGCUGCUGCAGGAGCGGGCCGAGUACCACAGGAGCGUGUCCAAGCGGAAGGAGAAAGUGGCAGCCCUGGAAAGCCAGGCCAAUCAGCUAGGAUUGCAGGCAGCCCAGGAGCGUGAGAGACUGGCCAAGGACAGGAACCUAACCCUGCAGCUGCUUCACAAGGAGAAGGAGAGGCUGGCUGCCCUAGAGAAGAGAUACCUUAGCCUGACUGGGGGGAGAGGCUUCCCCAAGAGCACCACCACUAUGAAGGAGGACCUUCUUCACAUCAGCGAGCCUGACCUGCUAGAGGAUUCCUUUACCCAGAGUUCCCUCUGCCGACCCACUGCUUCCUAUUUACAUGCUUCCCCCCCUCAGAUAUAUCCCAUCAACCCUGAAGAGGAGUACGUCACUGUCAGCCAAUUAAACCAGAUCUUCGGGAUGCCGAAGGUCGACCCUUCCCCCACCUCUCCCGUUCAAUCAUUCCAGUCUGUAGUUGCAGACUCCACCUUCUCCUGCCACACCACACCACAUGGCUCCUCCCUUUCUCUCUCAGUUGAGCCUGACUGGACUAGGCCUCAGAUCCCCGCUGUGGAUUUAGAGCGCUGGUACCAUGAGGUCAUGGCUGCUGGGGAGGCUGGCCAGCCCUGCCCUCCCCCUCUCCCAGCUAAAUCUCUCUCGGGCCGGCGGCCAGCGCAGGUGUUCCGCUCCAGGCUGGACAGCGGCGACGGCGGGCAGACAGGGCUCCGCUCCAAGGCCAGCGCCGGGUCGUCUCCUCAGUUCAGCACGGCGACGCUGGGGCGCAACACGCCAUCCAAGAGUCCUCUGAUGAACCACAGCAACACAGGCAGUCUGCCUCGAAACCUGGCGGCCACACUGCAGGACAUUGAGACCAAAAGGCAGCUGGCACUGCAGCAGAAAGAGUCCUCAUCCCCAGUUUUUGAGCGUUGCCGCAGCAACAGCAGCCCCACAGGUCAGCAGGUCAUUGAUGAGCAGAGGCGUCGGCUGGCAGAGCUCAAGCAGAAGGCCGCGGUGGAGGCACAGAGCCAGUGGGAGGCGCUGCACGGCUCCCAGACCCAGCUUCAUGUCCCUUUCCCAUCCACCAGCCCUUCCAUGGUGCAUCACUCCAUCCUGCACCACCAGCCACCCCCUUCAGGGGAGCGACCCUACGACACCCUCAGUCUGGAGAGCUCGGACAGCAUGGACACCAACGUUUCCACCGGAAACAACUCUGCCUGUUCCCCUGACAACAUGUCCAGCGCCAGUGGGAUGGACGCCCUUAAGCUGGAGGAAAUGGAGAGGAUGCUGAAGGAGGCUCAGCUGGAGAAGGCCCGGCUGAUCGAGUGUCGAGUGAGUCUGAACCUGACAGAGAAGGAGGCACAUGCCCGCAAGCAGAUGCUGGAGGAGGAGCGCAGGCGGCGGGAGGAGGCCGAGAAGCGCCUCCAGGAGGAGACGGUGCACAGGGAGCGUCUGGUGGAGAAGGAGGUGAAAAUGAGGGAGAAGCAGUUCUCUCAGGCCCGUCCCAUGACACGCUACCUGCCCAUCCGGAAGGAGGAAUUUGACCUACGUGCUCACAUUGAGUCAUCUGGACACAAUGUGGACGCUUGCUACCAUGUGAUCCUGACAGAGAAGAUGUGCAAGGGUUACCUAGUAAAGAUGGGUGGGAAGAUCAAGUCGUGGAAGAAGCGCUGGUUCGUCUUUGAUCGCCUCAAGAGGACGUUCUCCUAUUACGUAGAUAAACAUGAGACCAAGCUGAAAGGGGUAAUCUAUUUCCAGGCUAUCGAGGAAGUUUACUAUGACCACCUGCGCAGUGCAACAAAGAAAGGAUUUUUCAACCUGAAAUUGGUCAAUAAACUCUCUGAGCUCCUGCCUCCUCAGUUUCAGAGAGAGAGUCCCAACCCCUCUCUGACCUUCUGUGUGAAGACGCACGACCGACUCUACUACAUGGUGGCACCCUCCCCAGAAGCCAUGAGGGUCUGGAUGGACGUCAUAGUUACAGGAGCCGAAGGCUACACGCAAUUUAUGAACUGAAAGUGAACACUCCUGUGCCACAAUCAGAGACAAGACUGUCAAAUGACUGGGGCCCCAUAAUUUAUGGCCAGCAGUACAGGAAACUCCGGGUUUUGGGAAAUACAGCCUUUAUAUUCAGUCAGUUUUAUAUCUUUUUUAUCAUUUAUCUGUGAUUUUUUUAACCUGUUUUCUGCUUGGAUCAAAAAGGGAGUUCUGGAAGAAAAACAGUAAUUUAAAACCUUUUGACUUGUGGUUUUGUGGCCCUGAUGCAAGGCCCUGUUGUAAAUGCCAAUUUAGAGAUUUUAUCUGGGCAACUGUCCUUUACUAACAAGGACCGAUAUCUGAAUAACAGUAUUUUCUUUUUUGAGUUUGUUGUUCAUUAAUUAUUUAAACAUGUUUUUUAACACUUAAAACUAAGAUCUAGCAGAAAUAUAAACUGGCAGUGCAUUUGGGGACAUGUUUGAAAGAGAUCUAUGGUGCCAUUUGUAAACAGUACAGGAAAUUUACAUCAUUUUGACUGUAAUCAAUAAUUUUUAAUCUUUCGUAUAGAAUUUGUAUUAUAAUUUUUUUUUUUACUGGAGAACACAAACAUUACAGAAUAUUAGAAAUAAGGACAAUAAAAUCCUUCAAAGCAAGAAAACAGCUCAGGAAGGAGUCAAUUUCCCAUUUUAGUUUUUAAAACUGGCACCAAUGGGAAAAGCAUGAAUUACUGGGUUUACUGUGUUGUGAAUUUUAAUAAUAGUGUCAGGUGAACACACACAAAAAUGUGCACAGGUACACAACAAAGAAGCAACUACUUCACCCAAAAAAAGUCAGAGAGAAAUCCUCAUUACCCCUCCCUGCAAUCACUGCCAGGACUGUUCCUUCAGAGGACGGAUUUUAUGGGGAAGAGUAAAGUUUGUGGACAUUGUUCUGAUCGAAUGAACUGAGAAAGUAAAAAAUGUUCCUCUUUGAAAAUAUUAUUUUCGUUAAUGUGCCUUUUAUGUAUUUGUUUAUCCCAGGGAUUUGACUGUGGAACUUUGUGGAAAUGCUUGCUGGAAUUACCCGUAUUUUCCGUGUGUAUGUGGUACUUUAAAAAAAACCCCACGGAAUCAGUGACUCUUGGCUGAGGAUUGUACAGGGUCCUCUUCUUGACUGAAACAUGUAUUCUGAAUUCUGAAUACUGCUAAAUAGCAGUGCAGUACUGGAGGAAUGUGAGGCAGCAACAGGUUUAACCAUCAUCUAAUUUAGCCAAAUCCUCUCAUGUCUCUGUAAAGUUAACUGAAAGACUUGAUAUGUUCUUUGUGUUAUGGUUGAGAAAAAGAGAGUUACAUGAGCAGCACUGUAGACUAUGAUAUAGCAUAGCAAGCACCAGCCAACACAGAAAAUCCUCACACUGCCCAGCCCCACAUAGUGAGCAGGCUAAUCUGUUCAAAUGCUCCUUUGGAAAACACCAGUUUGUGUUUGUCUCUGCCACACCAGCCCUGAGCGUGUGAAUAAAAGAUUGCUUGAUUAAUCAAAUCAUUAACUACAGAUCACAGCGACUGCCAUUAAAAUGUCAUUUCUAUUUUAUUAAUGGAUAAUGUCCCAAAUGUUUGGAAGCCAAGCAAAUUGUGAUGAGUUGUUGACACAACAGAUGAUUUCCUCAAAGGUUCAUUCUAAAUGUAAUAUUCCAUUACCACUUAAUUAAAAUGAUGAGAAUUAAAUAUAAGAGGAAUUUGAAGAGAUGCGUAAUG